AUGCCGUACCUAGCACCUCAUGCGAACUAUCCGUACGACAACGACCAUCCACACCUGCACGACCAGGACGAUGCAUACAUACCGUCUUAUGCGAACAGUCAUCGGCACAGUGGCAGAAGUCUUGCAACUUACCACGGCGUCAACAACCCAUCUAUACCAUCUUACACUAACCCUGAUAGCGCUCCUCCAGCAGGCCGUCGAGGACCGCAGCUCGAUUAUGGUGAUCAACUGUCGAGAGAGUCAGGAGGUCUCCAGCGUGGUGAAUCAUGGCGAAGUAGCGCUGCUCUUUCUCCGUCUCCACAGCGCGAUCCAAAGAGGAGACGAACAGAGUCGUUCCAGGAAUCAAGUGAAUUGCAUCAUUCGGUCCCGGCCACGACCAAAGACAGUACAGAUGAGAAUGGUGCUGAGCGGCUACAGGAUGCACAGCAUGUGCCGGAAGUCGCUCAGAUGACUCGACCAAGUACAGCCACUGUCACGCCUAAACCUAGAGCCAGUGCCGAGCAGACCUCUGGGGUGCCGGUCGAUGCUCGAACGCCAGUCAGAGCUGUGGGAGAAUGGGGGAACCAUGACGAGCAGAGCAAUAGACACACCGAAAGCCAAAGCAGUGGAGAAAGUAGCAAGCAAGAUGCCGGCGAUCAACAGUCCGGCGGCAACCAACAGCAUACCAGCGACCAAGCCAAGUACAGCAGCGAAAGCCACACAAGCAGCAACGAACAGAACACCGGCGACGACAAAGACCUUGACCGUGAAAAUGACACCACCGAGCCCACCACUCCUGGAUCUUCCGAGGAGGAACAGUCCAAGUCCGAAGAAGAGUCUUAUCCAGCUAUCGACCCACAGAUCUGGCACGACUACAGGAAAAAUAUCAAAGACAAAAGCUAUUCACAUGUCGGAGCCGUCUCAACACCAACCCAGCACCAACGUGACAUGGCAAUCAAAGAAAUCAGGGAUUUGAUCGGGCAUGACGAUAUUGUUUCAAUUGUGCCCGAUGCGAAAUUCCGCGAUCCAUUUCUGAACGACCUUGUGGAACGUUUGCGCGCUACAAAGAAGACGCGGCAGAAGGAGGCGAAUAGUAGUGACGGUGAAGCAAAGGAGGAGCCAGAUGAAGCAUCCUUUGCGCCGGGGGAGGGCGCUACCGAUCGUGAGGUCAUGGAGUGGUUGAUGGUGGAGGUGGUCCGAUUGAGCAGGGAGGUGAAGGAGCUCAAGACGGAGAAGAAGAAGUAG